AUGGGGGAAUGGACUAUACUAGAGAGGCUCCUGGAGGCUGCUGUCCAGCAGCACUCCACCAUGAUCGGCAGGAUCCUGCUGACGGUGGUGGUGAUCUUCCGCAUCCUGAUCGUGGCCAUUGUGGGGGAGACGGUGUAUGAUGAUGAACAGACCAUGUUCGUGUGCAACACGCUUCAGCCCGGCUGUAACCAGGCGUGCUACGACAAGGCCUUCCCCAUCUCACACAUCCGUUACUGGGUCUUCCAGAUCAUCAUGGUGUGCACGCCCAGCCUCUGUUUCAUCACGUACUCCGUGCAUCAGUCCGCCAAGCAGAAGGAGCGCCGCUUCUCCACCGUCUACCUGACCCUGGACAACAAGGACCAGGACUCCCUGAAGCGAGACGAGAGCAAAAAGAUCAAGAACACCAUCGUGAACGGAGUACUGCAGAACACCGAGAACUCAACCAAGGAGGCGGAGCCGGACUGCCUGGAGGUCAAGGAGACCUCGGCCAUGAGAACUAGCAAGUCGAAAAUGCGUCGGCAAGAAGGCAUCUCGCGCUUCUACAUCAUCCAGGUGGUGUUCCGAAACGCGCUGGAGAUAGGCUUCCUCGUGGGCCAGUACUUCCUGUACGGCUUCAACGUGCCCUCCGUGUACGAGUGCGACCGCUACCCGUGCAUCAAGGACGUGGAGUGCUAUGUGUCGCGCCCCACCGAGAAGACCGUGUUUCUGGUCUUCAUGUUCGCGGUGAGCGGCUUCUGCGUGGUGCUCAACCUAGCUGAGCUCAACCACCUGGGCUGGAGGAAAAUCAAAACAGCCGUGAGGGGGGUACAGGCACGCAGGAAGUCCAUCUACGAGAUCCGGAACAAGGACCUGCCCAGGAUGAGUGUGCCCAACUUCGGACGCACCCAGUCCAGUGACUCUGCGUACGUGUGA